AUGGAUGACGACUACGGAGAUAUCGAUGAUGCAGCCUUUGCUGCGAUAGUAGAUGCCACUGAAAAGGCUCAUCUAGCCUCUAAGACAAAUACUGCAACGGCAACAACAGCAGGAUCAUCAAAGCAACCAGUCGUCCAACCAGUGCCUCGCAAAAUUCAAAAAGCUACUGGUCCGAGCUCUAUCGUAGCCAAUACUCGCCAGAAAGGAAAUCCUCUCCUACCAUAUAUCAAAAAUACACCAUGGGAAUAUGGUGACAUACCAGCAGAUUACCUUCCAAACCCAAGGACUGCUAUGCUUUUCCUCUCUCUCAAAUAUCACCGCCUUCACCCAGAAUACAUCUAUACCCGUAUCAAAUCCCUCGGGCAAGCCUACACCCUUCGCGUAGUUCUCGUCUUAGUUGAUACGGAACAACACAGCGACCCUCUAAAAGAACUUACCAAAGCAGGAAUAAUCCACAGUCUAACUAUAAUGUUAGCAUGGAGCCCCGCAGAAGCGGGGCGGUACGUGGAACUUUAUAAGGCGUUGGAAAAUACGCCGGCAACGAUGAUUAAAGAACGCCAGAAGGAGGAUUAUAUGGGUCGAGUCGAGGAUGUGAUCACUUCGGUUAAAGGGGUGAAUAAGACCGAUGCAUUAGGAUUGAUUAUGAUGUUUGGGAGUAUGAGGGCAGCAGUAAAUGCUAGUGAGCAGCAGGUGGAGUUGAUCCCUGGUUGGGGGGAGAAGAAGACGCGGAGGUGGUGUACGGCGGUCAGGGAAAAUUUUAGAGUUGGCGGGGCUUUGCUCAAAAAGAGGGAUGAAGCUGAAAGUGAAACAAUAGUGCCGUUGAAUCCGAUGAGUGAUGAGGAGAGAUUGGCGUUGAAUAGACGGUUGGGAAUUGCAGGGCCAGCUAGGGUAAAGCAAAACGAAGCAGUGGAAACGAUAGAGUUGGAUGAGGAUGAGGUGCAGGCAAUGAUCGAGAUGGAGGAAGAAGAGAGGAGAAGGAAAAUGCCACAGGAUGGAAAUAUUGAUACGGCUAGUGCGGCCAAACAGAAGGCCGCGCCAUCUACUACGACGACGACGACGACGACGACUGAAGAUGGAGUUAUGGCAGCCUUGGCAAAGCUGAGAAAACAGUAA